CUGUCGAACGUUCCCUCGCUCGUCCGAAUUCGGUGGCGCCACGUCCGCCCGUCUCCGCCUUCUGCACCGAGUCUUCGGUGGCUUCCGCCACGACAUCUUCCACUCACGGAGCCGGUCGCUUCGUGAAGGGCUGAGACGGGGCGUCGGGCGGCCGUGCGCAUCCUGGCGACCUGAGAAUCGAAGAUGUCGGACAUCGGGGACUGGUUUAGGAGCAUCCCGGCUAUCACGCGCUAUUGGUUCGCCGCCAGCGUCGCGGUGCCCUUGGUCGGCAAAUUAGGCCUCAUCAGCCCGGCCUACUUGUUUCUGUGGCCCGAGGCUUUCCUCUAUCGCUUUCAGGUCUGGAGACCAAUCAUGGCCACCUUUUACUUCCCCGUGGGUCCAGGAACGGGAUUUCUUUAUUUGGUCAAUUUAUAUUUCUUAUAUCAAUAUUCUACACGACUCGAAACAGGAGCCUUUGAUGGGAGGCCAGCCGACUACUUAUUCAUGCUCCUCUUUAACUGGAUCUGCAUCGUGAUUACCGGCUUAGCAAUGGAUAUGCAGCUGCUGAUGAUUCCGCUGAUCAUGUCAGUGCUUUAUGUCUGGGCCCAGCUGAACAGAGACAUGAUCGUGUCGUUUUGGUUUGGAACGCGUUUUAAGGCCUGCUAUCUGCCCUGGGUCAUCCUGGGUUUCAACUACAUCAUUGGAGGCUCGGUGAUCAAUGAGCUCAUUGGAAAUCUCGUUGGACAUCUGUACUUCUUCUUAAUGUUCAGAUACCCAAUGGACUUGGGAGGAAGGAAUUUUCUCUCCACACCUCAGUUUUUGUACCGCUGGCUGCCCAGCAGGAGAGGUGGGGUCUCCGGAUUUGGCGCACCCCCUGCGAGCGUGCGGCGAGCUGCUGAUCUGAACGGUGGUGGCGGUGGCGGCAGACACAACUGGGGCCAGGGCUUCCGGCUUGGGGACCAGUGAGGCACGACCUCGGCCUGCCCACCAGCUGCUUCACUCCACUGUGGCUUCCUCCCAGUGUGGGGUCCCCUCACCCCACUGAGUUCUGCCUAUGCUGUUGGACUGGACCCACACUGAAUGUAGUCUUUCCAUACAAGACACACUUUUUUAAAUCCUGAAGGGAAAAAAUAUAAGUGUUCCUCCAGUUCCAUGAUUCUCAUUCAAGUCCUUACUGCUCUGAAGAACAAACAUCAGCUGUGCAGAUUUCAAAGCUGACUCGUUCUUGGUGUCAUUUCCCCGCCCCUCUCCAUACCCCACUUGUUCUCCCAUUCCCCAGAGUGAUGGUGUCAGCAGACCCUCUUCUGCGGAUCUGCCCCCUUUGCUGGGCAUCGGGCUGAGUAGUCAGACCCUAGCUCCUCUCGCUCAUGCGUCUCCCUCAUUUCCCCGGCCCCCAAAUCUGCACCUAGAAGAGUUCGCCCGUACCUGGCUCUGCCUGUGACCGCCCUUCUAUUUAUUGACUUUUGCUGAGGCGUGGCCACAGAGAACUCGCCACACGUUAGCAGCCCCUCUGCUGGCAGGCCUGCAGCAGGAGACUGGAGCAGCCGACAAAGAGCCGACUUUCUCGGCGCGUGGAGUUGGGACUUGACGUCAGAUGGGACUGUUGGCCACCCCGUCAGACCUUUUGAUAGACGCACUGCUGGGUUGGAGAGGGAUACAGGCUUGCAGUACAGCGGGGUGAGGCUUGUUGGCCAGGCCCAGUUCCCCCAAGCUAAGUGAUCCUGCCUGUGCUGCAAGUGUCGCUCACACAGGGUGGGUCUAGCCACGCAGAGAUGCGCCCCGAGAGGCCUGGCCAUGGCUUCAGCUCAUCCUCGUGGACUGCGCGCGCGUUGAGUAGGCAGACCCUCUCGCUGUCUUUCAGGCUGUCUUUCUUGUGUGUUCUCUCUUGCUAAGCGCAUCGGUUAUGAUGAGGCUGGGUAGCCCCGUCAGUCGGUGGCCCUCAUGAAGCCCAGCCAAGUGGAAUUUCAGAUCAUCUGGAGGUUGUAGUGGCCCUGGACUCGUUUGGAUAUGAGGGUCUUUCUUAGUUUGAGUCGAGACUACCCAGCUCCCAGUCAGAUCGGCUUCUUUUUCAGAGGUGGGCUUUCCCCAGGCGAGCGGGGCUCAUCACCAAGCCAAAGCACGUUGGUUGUGUUGUGAAGGAUGCAGGGCUUUUUGCUGUUUGUGUUGAAUGCUUCUGUUCUGUACGCAGAGGCUAGCGGGCCUGCCUAGCGCUUGCCACCAUACUUGAGUCAUCUGGCAAGGCUUUGAACACGGCCUGGUUUCCUCUCUCCAGAGCCUCAUGCCGUGCCGUGUGUCUGUCCCUGCUCGGCACCAGUGGUGUGUGCUGUGCCAGGAAGUGGGGCUUGGGAAGCAGCAGCACCUUAUUUUCAAUCUGGUGUGGGUGACCUCCUCUCCACAUUGAAUUUGCAUGAUCGAGGGUGGUAGGUGGGGGAGUGUCGGAGCUGACUGUCGCAUGUGCUGCUGUUAACUCGUGGCCACAAUAAAGUGUCCUAGUACCGUUUUAGAAACCGUUAUUCCUGUGGCAUUGCACGGGACUGUCUGGCCGGGGCAGGAAUGGUAAGUGAGCCCUCAGGCGGGCAGAUGGUGUGUGGCUUCCCUGCGACCCGUGUUUUGAUGCCAGUUUUCCGGCAGUGCACACUCAACAUUUUGGUCAUCUUCACAAUGUUUCAAACUGGCUCUCCAUGCCUUUGCCCUCACCCUAGACGACAGCAUGGACCUCAAAACCAAAAACAGCCUGUGACCCGCUUGGUGGUGCUGUCCCCUUGCUUGCGGUUUGGACGAGCCCUGGGGCGGUGCCUCCCAGCUGGGCCCGUGGUUCUAAAGGUUUACAAGGAUCCCUGGAACCGACUGCUGAGGCCAAGUGAUCAUUAAAUUGGUCUUCAAUCACACGCCUAGAAGGUGGUAAUUUGAUUGCUCUUGCCCUGGUUUACCUCGAGUAGAGUCAUCUCGGCUAAGUAAUGAGCCUUUGGAGUUUUGACUUGGCAAGACAGCACGCCACUGGAGUCUGAAUAAACAAACCUGUUUUGUAAGAAGAACUUCCUUUUUUUGUAAUUAAACCUUUUUAUUGGUGAAAAUUGUGAAUUAAAAUGUACAACUUGAA